AUGAAUCGUAUCUUUGGUACUGGUAAAAAGACACCCAAACCUACUUUAAACGAUGCUAUAUCCGCGACUGAUAAUCGAGUCGAUGCAGUUGAAGUCAAGAUAAAGAAGCUUGAAGCGGAAUUAGCCAAAUAUAAAGAUCAAAUGAAAAAAGUGCGGGAUGGACCAGCAAAGAAUGCUAUUAAAAGUAAAGCGAUGCGUGUUUUGAAGCAAAAAAAAACAUAUGAAGCUCAACGCGACCAACUUCAACAGCAAUCUUUUAAUAUGGAACAAGCCUCUAUGACAACGGAAAAUUUACGUAAUGUUGCUACCACUAUAGAUGCGAUGCAGUUAGCUAAUAAAGAAUUACAAAAACAUUAUAAGAAGAUUGACAUAAAUAAGAUUGAGAGUAUUCAAGAUGAUAUGGAAGAUUUGUUAGAACAGGCUAAUGAUAUACAAGAAACGCUCGGGCGAACGUACGGCGUUCCCGAUGAUAUUGAUGAAGAAGAAUUGGAAGCAGAAUUGGAUGCUUUGGGGGAUGAAUUAAAUUUUGAAGAGGAAGAAGAACCUUCAUAUUUACAAGAGACAUCUGAUCUGCUUGGAGAAUUAGAAGGUGAAACUCCAAUGAAAAAUGCUGCAUGA